AUGGAUCCUUUGCCCUCCGCGAACGCUUUUCCUUCCACAUCAUCCCUUAUGUGCUUGAACACAGAAGCUGCCGAGUCGUUAGACUGCUCCCUUUGUCAAAAAAAGCCAUCGGGCUCCAACGCCCGGUGUAUGACUUGGAAACUAACCCAAGCAGACAAUCGAGAGCCUUAUGUGCACCUACAAGAUCCAUAUGAGCAGGAGUGGGUGAAGCUUGGUGAUUUGGAUCCAAAAGAAGUUGAGCAGGCGUUUUCAUUAUUGGAGAAAUGGGAAAACUUUAGUGACUUGAACGUCGAUGAUGUCGAGAGGGCAUUCGCGCCCAUUGAGAAAGGUGUCUCAAGGAAUUAA